CGAGGUACAGGGUUGUAAGCGUUUUCAGACGUUCCAGUGUGAAUUGGUGAAUUUUGGGAAACCAUUGAAAACGAAUGUGUAGAAAGAUAGUUUUUCUAUUUAGACCUUGCUGAACAACAUAAAGAACCUGCAAACACACCCUCUUCAGGAUCUUCAAACAUCUUCAUCACUGUUUUUGCAUUGUGCAUUGUGUCUGUGCUGCUGAUCAUAUGAAUUGUGAUGAUCUUCUACAAAUGGUGUUCCCAGUAGUCAAAAGGAGAUUCCUCGCCAGUCGAUGGAGGAAACCCAGUGACGGAAGAGAAUGCCUGUUAUGCCUAUAAUGAGGAACCUAAAGACACACUAGUUGCUGCUGUCUAUGCCAUGGCCCAAAAUCCACAAACUCAUCCCACCUGUCUAAAGAUGUCUGCAGCUUUAUCUCCAAACACCGAUGAUUUUUACAGCAUGGCUGAACUUCCUAAAAUAGAAAUUAACUCCUACGAUUUACCCACUCACCCCUGCAAUUAUUUAAGUACCCCCUCCAAUUUACCAAUUAACUACCAAUUAGAUUUACAAUCUAACCCCUCCAAUUUCCCCUUUAACCUCUCACAUUUACAAUCUAACCCCUCCGAUUUACCCAAUAAACCCUCCGGUAUACCCACUUACCCCGCCGGUAUACCCACUAACCCUUCCGAUUUACCCACUACCCCCUCCAGUUUACCCACUAACCCCUCCGAUUUACCCAAUAAACCCUCCGGUAUACCCACUUACCCCGCCGGUAUACCCACUAACCCUUCCGAUUUACCCAUUACCCCCUCCGGUUUACCCACUAACCCCUCCAAUUUACCUAAUAAACCCUUCAGUUUACCCACUAACCCCAUCCAAUUUACCUACUAAUGACCCCAAUUUAUCUAAUAAACCCUUCGGUUUACCCACUUACCCCUCCGGUUUACCCACUAACCCCAUCCAAUUUACCUACUAAUGCCUCCAAUUUAUCUAAUAAACCCUUCGGUAUACCCACUAACCCCUCCUGUUUACCCACUAACCCCUCCUGUUUACCCACUAAACCCUCUGGUUUACCCACUAAACCCUCUGGUUUACCCACUAACUCCUCCAGUUUACCCACUAAACCCUCUGAUUUACCCACUAAACCCUCAGCAACUAAAUACUCUUAAUUACACAUUAAUCACUCUCAUUUAUCAUCUUAUUUAUCCACUAAUUCUUGAAAUCCUGCUGCUUCUCCUACACACAGUGUACUCUAUAUAACACUGCACAUGAUUUGUGGAAUAGUUCAUGUGUAAAGCAACAAUAUUUUCCUGUUUUCUGAUAAAGUUUCAGAAUAGUCAGAGGAUGUGGGUGAAGAAUCGAGUUUGUUGUGUUUUUUGUCCGAUCAAAGUAAAUCACAAAUGUUGCAUGAAUGGUACAGGAUAUUCUACAACGUGUUUAAAAAUGCCAAAGCAAGAAUUUUAGCAUAUUGUUUAAAAACAAGACCUUAGAGAAGUUGUAGCAGCGUCGCACAACUGCUUACUGCUUACAUCCCUCACAACGGUGUUUAGUGGUAAGAGAUCAGCACCAUGACCCUGGUCAGGAUAUUAAUAGUGCUGUUUUAUUGCUAUUCUCUGCCUACAAUAAAUUUUACUUUUUAAUGCUUACUGUUUGUUGUUGUUGGUGUUAAUCCACUGCAUUUAAAAGGUAUGAAAUGUGCUGUUUGAUUUUAAUAUGCAUGAGUGUAAAAAGUAGAAGUCUAGAGACAAAGAGGGGGAAGGAUGGAAAAAGGGAUGUUAAAUUAAAACACUAUUUAGUUCAGAGAAAAGAAUUGUGCCCAGAUUGUAGCGUGAGGAAGUCGUGUGAACUUCAGCUGCAGGAAAGCGUGACUUUAACAUUCCUAUUCUCUCCAGGAUGCACGAUGUGGAGGUGAAGAACAGCCUGAGGUGAAGCAGAGUCAAUGCUUGUCCUCGCACUUUAAAAGCAGUGGUUGAUGUUUGCAGAACAAAACUGAUCAAACGGAUCAAAACGAUGAAUUCAACAAACAAUAAACUGAUGUCCCCCAUGCUACGAGUUCCAUUUAAAACAAAAGAUCCCAAAGUGGCCAUCAUUCUUUUAUCAGUCUUUCUGUUUCUCAUGCUUGUUGGUAAAAUUUUUUACUACUUCUAUCACAAAUGGAAAAACAAUAGACAAGGUUCCUCUUCUAUUGCAGUUCAAUUAAAUAACAGACAGCUGAAACAAACUACAGAGAAAUUGGAUCCAGAGAUAUGCAGUUCUAACAACAUCUCCGAGGCAGCAGCAGAGCUCUCAUAUCCUCUCGAAGAGCCCUUACAUCCACCCUCUGAUCCCUCGCAUCCUCCUGAAGAUCCCUUACAUCCACCCAUGGAUACCUCACAUCCACCCUCUGAUCCCUUACAUCCUCCUGAAGAUCCCUCACAUCCACUCUCUGAUCCCUCACAUCCUCCCGAAGAGCCCUCACAUCCAGCCUCUGAUCCCUCACAUCCAGCCUCUGAUCCCUCACAUCCACCCUCUGAUCCCUCACAUCCUUCCGAAGAUCCCUCACAUCCACCAUCUGAUUCCUCACAUCCUCCCAAAGAGCCCUCACAUCCAGCCUCUGAUCCCUCACAUCCACCCUCUGAUCCCUCACAUCCUUCUGAAGAUCCCUCACAUCCACCCUCUGAUCCCUCACAUCCACCCUCAGAUCCCUCACAUCCUCCCGAAGAUCCCUCAUAUCCUCCAGAAGAGCCCUCACAUCCAGCCUCUGAUCCCUCACAUCCUCCCGAAGAGCCCUCACAUCCAGCCUCUGAUCCUCACAUCCUCCCGAAGAUCCUCACAUCCACCUCUGAUCUCUCACAUCCACCCUCUGAUCCCUCACAUCCUCCCAAAGAUGCCUCACAUCCACCCUCAGAUCCCUCACAUCCUCCAUCUGAUCUCUCACAUCCACCGAAGAUGCCUCACAUCCACCCUCAGAUCCCUCACAUCCUCCCAAAGAUCCUCAUAUCCUCCAGAGGAGCCCUCACAUCCACCCUCUGA